AAAAAAAGCUAUAAAAUCCCAUGUUUAUAUUUUAACAACAAACCCUCCAGCGGCCCUUGAAGACUGAAGAUUCUCGCCGGCUGUUUGUCGAUGACGAUCGACGGCUGUAAUUACCGCCUUAGUUGCACACUCCGUGCUCAUGAAGACGAUGUUCGUCGAAUUUGCUUAUGCGGGAACUCCGGAAUCGCAACUUCCUCGAGGGACAAAACGGUUAGGUUCUGGGUUCCUGAUCCGGAGAAGAAGCAUGGCUACUUGUUGUCGAAGACCCUUGCCGGGCAUACGAGUUUCGUUGGUCCUCUGGCUUGGAUCCCUCCUGGGGAGCGGUUCCCCGAGGGCGGGAUCGUGUCGGGCGGCAUGGAUACGCUUGUAUUGCUCUGGGACUUGGGCAGGGGAGAGAUUGUGGAGAAGUUGGAAGGCCAUCAGUUUCAGGUCACUGGUAUUGCCAUAGAUGACAAUGGGGACAUAAUCUCGUCGUCACUUGAUUGUACAAUACGUAGGUGGAGGCAAUGCAAAACUGUUGAGUUUUGGGAAGCUCACAAGGUGGCCAUUCAAGCAGUCCUGAAACUAUCAUCUGGUGAAUUCGUUACGGGCUCUAGUGAUUCGACACUUAAGCUCUGGAGAGGAAGGACAUGUAUACAAACUUUCGUUGGUCAUGCAGAUACUGUUCGUGGAUUAGCAGUGAUGCCCGGAUAUGGACUCCUUUCUGCAUCUCAUGAUUGUGCUACAUCAAAGAAGCAAUCAGGAGAGAAGUGGUUGCAACUUGCAAGAAUGCUCAAGAAGCAGUAUUUUUCAUCUCUAAGAAGAGGUGAGCCUUGAGUUGAGAAGUGGAAG